AUGUCAACGUCCGCUCCGGUGGCUCCUUCACCUGAACCGACCUCGGCUCUCUCUUCACUAGCUGCGACUCUUGAUGCCUCCCACUCUGACAUCCCAUCAUUCCUCAACAAUCUUUUGUCACCGCUUUUACCACCAGACCUUCCACCUCCCAAUCCAGUACAGCCAUCAGAUUUAGCUCCUAUAGACAAGUCGCUCAAUGAACUUCUCACCCAACUCUCGCUCUUAUCGCAAGACACCAACUCAGCAGUCGAGCAAUCAAUACAUGACGUCUCCAGAACGGUACCCCGGCUGGCGUAUGAUCUACAGUUCAUGAGAGAAUCUGCAAAUGGCUUGCAGAGUAGCUUGGGAAUGGUACAAGAUCGCGUUGCAAGACAAACAGACUUGUCCUCGCCAAUCAACGGGAGCAAGACACAAGGAGAGAAUGACGGUAUGAGGACAAACAAGAGUUUAGAAAAGUUGACUCAUCUCGACAAAUUGAAGAAUAGGCUUGAGUCGGCUCGUGAUAUACUUAGAGAAGCUGAAAGCUGGUCAACUCUUGAAUCCGAGCUGACAACAUUUAUAACCAAUGCCGAAUACGUCAAAGCAGGUCAUCGCUUACACGAAGCUUCCAAGUCGAUGAUAGUGUUUCAGAACACUCCUGCAGAAUACGAAGAUCGAAAACAACUUCUAGUCAGUCUACAAAACCAACUCGAAACAAGCGUCAGUAAGGCUCUGGUGGAGAGUCUUCAACAAGCAGAUACAGAGUCUUGUGCCCGCUUUUGGGAAGUUUUCUUGGAUAUGGACAGAGAAGAAGAAUUUAGAGGGUAUUACUUUAAGGUUAAAUCUAGCAAGUUGCUGGAAGAUUGGAGAGAAGCUAGGGUAACGGAGAUACUACCUGCGGCACGAGCAACUCCUUUGAUGGAGAAUCCUGAGGAUUUACACCAGGAAACCAUCAACUUCUCCACCCUUAUACCAAAGUUCUAUACAUCCCUCCUUACCAUACUCAAUACCGAAGUCCACCAAAUUCCACUCAUCUUCCCUCCUCAUACUGCAGCAUCAAUACUAGCGACUUUUGUUCAGACCAUUUUCGACUCUCUUGAUCCCUCUUUCACAGCUAGACUAUCUGCUGUGGCAGACUUUCAUGGCCCAGAAGCUUUGCCAGAAUUGAUACGCACAUAUAGAGCGACUGAAGAAUUAGGUGUAGCAUUUCAAGGAUUGAUCGACAGAAUGGUUUUCAAUACUCAAGGUGGUCUUUUAAGUGGCGCUGUAGCAACCUCUCCUGCGCCUACCUUAGGUGGACAGGCAUCGUCUGGUCAUCAAGGGCCUUCACCCACUGCUAUGACUCGAACUCCUUCGAAGAAAAUGUCCAUUUCCAGACGUUUCUCUAGAGCUCCAACCCUUCCUGGACCCCAGCCUGUCGACAAUAGCUGGGAAACGACUCUUUAUGAGCCUUUCCUGGAUUUGCAAUCUACCUACGCAACUUUGGAACGACGAUAUUUGGAGCAUAUCAUUCGAAACGACCAAUCUUUCCAAACACGCCUUUCAACAGGGAAAGACAUCUCCCGUGUGCUUCUUGAUCGGGUCAACAUACUCUUCUCGAAAGCAGACGAAGCUAUGUCUCGAUGUGUAUCGUUCACUCACGGUUAUGGAUCAUUAGGGCUGCUAUCAUCUUUAGAAGCUGGAAUAUCCACCUUUCUCUCUGCACAACAGGAUUUAGUGCUCGAGCAGAUUCGAUAUGGUAGCGAGAGUAACAGAGGUAGGGCAAAGGAAAGGGAUGAAUUAGAUUUCGAAGGGUUGGACUAUUCUACAGAAGACUGGGGUAGUUUCCAACUUGGACUGCACGUAUUGGAAGCUUGCAGAGAGAUUUCGUAUAGGCUAUCAACUUUUGAACACAGGUUGGAAGAUUCCUUGAGAAAUGUGGGGAAAAUACUGAAAUCAACUGCCGGGGAAGGAUAUGAUACGAAAUCUACGACAUUCGGGUCAAUUUCAUUAUUGCAACAAUCAACAUUAAAUUCGGUCGACCUGCAUUCUUUAGUGUCAUCUCCUGAUUAUCCUCUAUUGCCAAUCUCCUUGAAUGCUCUCGCUUCUUUCACCAAAACAUCACAACUCCAUCUUCAAUCGAUCAUCCUUUCUCCCCUUCUAAAUCAACUCGAAACUUACCCUCAUCUCCAGGUAUGGACAAAACCUGACAAAGCUCCCAAGAAAGGUGAACUACAUGUUCCCACUUUUAGUCUAUCGCCAACAGACGUGAUCAGUCGCGUCUCAGAAGGCUUAUUGGAUCUACUAAGAGUGUUUGAAGUGUGGAGUAAAGAAACUGGUCUGGGAUGGAGCUUAGGUACCUUACCAUUCAUCGAAAUACCACCUGAAUCUUCCAAUGUAUCUUCAGAAACGGUACUUUCAACUUGGAUAUCAUCUCUUGCUCUCACCUUACUCUCACACCUCACGUCGACCACUUUACCCUCGAUACGGACGUUGACAUCUGGUGGUCAAGCUCAACUGAAAACUGAUUUAGGAUAUCUGGGGAAUGCAGUGGGAGCUUUGGAUGUGCAUUGGGAAGAUAUCAGUAGAUGGGAGAGAGCGGUCGGUCUAGACGAAGCCGGGUGGAGGAAGGAGAUGAGAGAUCUAAGAGGUACCGAAGGCGAUGGUAAAGAUGGAGAGAAAGAAAGGGAAGUUGUCAGAUCGGUGGGCCGGAUGAGAGGGUGGAUAUGA